UGUUUUUUCUGACUGACAGUCGAAACCUAGUUCACUUUUUGACUCAGUUUCUAUUCUUCUUCUUCUUCUUCUUCUUCUUCUUAGUUGCAAUUCGUUUAUUCAAAUCCCUUCACAAACUCCGCAAAAACACAAGAAAAAAAGAGUGACCAAGAUAUGGGUCGUUUUUGGACGUUGAUCACCCAUGUUCACGUACUUGCUGGGCCAGUUACGAUGCUGUUGUACCCCUUAUAUGCAUCGGUAAUGGCAAUAGAAAGCCCAUCAAAGGUGGAUGAUGAGCAGUGGCUUGCUUACUGGAUCCUUUAUUCAUUCCUCACUCUCAUGGAGAUGCUCCUCCAACCCAUCCUACAAUGGUAUAUAAUCCUCAUAACAAAAUUAGUUGUAAAUAUAUAUAUAUAUAUAUAUAGAUUAAUAAGUUAA